GUGAAAAGUCAAUGUCAGAAGUUUCAUUUAUUUUUAAAUUAAGCUCCUGCUGAACUCGAAACAAAAGACUAUGAUAGACAGUAACGAUGUUUCUGGAAAGAAAAAAAGUACCAAAUCAAAAGUAAACGUACUAAAUUACAUGACUCCGACGUUUUUUGAACGUUUGAAUUCAAUCAUUGACAUGAGCUUUCACAAACUAUCUCAUUCAGAGGAAUCAGAACUUGACGAAGGACACAGACCGUUGUCGGAGACUGAUAAGUUUACAUUAAUCGAACUUCAUGUGGAAUCAGAGCAUGAAAUUCGAAAGUCUAAAAUCGAGCACGACAAUUGGAUGGUCAGCUAUAAGUUGAAGCCAGAAUUGGACCGAAUUGUGUGGAGAUCGAAGCUGUACAGCAAAGAAAAGGUGAUAACAAAGAGCCAAUCAUUGGUGGAGCGAACAGAAAACCAAGUCGAUAUGGCAUUGAAGAAAUUCUGUGACUGGUUCCAAUCCGUAUUCGACGAUGCACACUCACACGUAACAGAGGAUUACAUAAAGAAAUUAUUUUCAAGUGGAUUCGAAAUACAUCCGGCGGCUCUCAGUAUUUACAUUGAACCGAAACAAGUUUUUUCCAUUCCGCAUCAACUGGCCGAGAAAUACAAUGUCCCAGAACUAUCAACGAAGAAUCAAAAAAAGAAGCGUAUGAAUCUCGACGAAAUGGCAACAUCGCCUAUCGCAGCAACCAACAUAGCAUUCGGAAAAUGUUUGCCAACAUGUCUUAAGCAACCCAGACGGGAGAUUGACGACUGUAUGAAACCGAAUUUCCCAGAUGAACUUCGAACGGACGAAUAUUUGUUUAAAGGCAUUGAAGAUCUAAGAUCUACGAAAUGUUUAGUUGAACAUGUGAAUCGCUCGGAUAACAUUGAAAUUAAACCUUUGUAUUUGAAAAAUUUCAAUUAUGAAGAUGAUGAAAAAUACGUUCCUUUGUAUAAAAAGUUGGAAAAUAAAAUGUAAAAUU